CUCAUCGUGCGACACCCGCCAUAGCCAACACCGCUUCAGUGCCGCACCAUGAACUCGAACGAAUUGGCUAGUGUUCGGCCCGUGCCACGUUCUCAAUAUGGAGGCUGCGCAAGAUUUCUGGUUGCAGCGACACUGGCAUGCCUGAUCCUAUCGAGCUUGGUGCAACCUGCCAACGCGCAAGAGGAUGACAUUUCACUAGACUACUCAGUCUUUGCUGGGCUGCCAACGGAACCCUCUCAAUGCCCAGGUGGACCUGACUGCGGAGACGUCUUCUUCGACUCCGGUCGUGAUAUUGGUGUCCCCUCGGCUGAGAUGGAGGCACCUUCUUCGGAAGACGGCGGAACAGCGUCGACGUCGUAUGCUGGCCAGGAUGGGGUCCCGAUGACUUCGGUGGCCGAGGUGACAGCGACGGCGCAACCAAGUUUCAACUCUGAGCCGUGGUCGCCCGCGGUGGUGGGAAGCAGACCACCGCCGACUGCAGCAGCAGGAGGAGGCGCACCAGCGGUCCCCAUAGAGUACACCAUCCGAGCGGGGAAGACAAAUAUCACGGUCAACGGCACCCGGACCAGUCAUAGGGGUGCAGUGCAGUGCGGCCCAUCGUGCCGGUGCAGCAGCAGCGGGCCGCAAGAAGGCGGCAGCGAAUCGGCCCACUGCCCCGAGGGCGUGAGCCUGGUGCGCGAUGGCUGCAAUUGCUGCAGCAUCUGUGCUCGACAGCAAGGAGACACCUGCGACGCCGUUCAGCUGUGCGAUGCCCGGCGGCAGCUGCACUGCGUUUACCCUGACAGAAACGCCUCGGUCGGCACCUGCAAGGUGGUGCAGGGCCAGUCGUGCCAAGUGGAAGGCCUCGGCCAGUACAAGGAUGGUGCCACCUUCAAGCUGGACUGCCGCACCCAGUGCUCCUGUCAGAACGGAACCUACGGAUGCGUCUCUCUCUGUCCCCACGAAGGAGUGCGGCCGUCGGCCGAAUGCCGAAAUGCCAGGCUGGUCCGCCUCCGCGGAAACUGUUGUCGCGAGUGGCUGUGCGACAACGACAUGAUGAAGCAGCGUGCGUUGAAUAUAACCCGACACGCGGGAGACUGGAGUCCCUGCUCGGCCACGUGCGGCGUGGGGACGUCCCGUCGUAUGGUCACCGACUUCCAUCUGGGCCAGUGCCGCAGCCGCAACGAGACGCGCAUCUGCAACGUGAGGCCGUGCAGUGGCCGGAACGCCGCCGGAAUGGCCGGUGCCUCGGGAUCGCGCCACAGGACCAGGAGGAACCACUUAUGCCGUGCCACCGUCCGGGCCUCGUGCGCUGCGCCACUGACAGACGGCGCCAACUGCACCUCGGUCUCGCCGCAAACGCCCAAGUACUGCGGCAGCUGCCCGGGACGCCGGUGCUGUUUCCCGGUGCUCACGACGACCACCACGCUGCCAUUCCACUGCUUUGAAGAUGGAGACUGGGUGACGCGCCACAAGGACGUCAUGACCAUCGUGCGCUGCCGAUGCAAGCCCAAGUGCUAGCGAACGCAUUGACGCCAAUUUACUUCGUUACCUCCCUCACCUGUUCCUCCAGUACGUGUCGCUUGGCCUCAGUGUGUCGCCAGGAGUAAAGCCGCUCUUUGGUGACUGCCUCCAAGGAAGCCCACGUAAUGGUGUCCCCCCCACUCCCUCACCCCCGGCGCGUUUUGUACGCACAUCUCUCCUCAUGACAAGCGACUUCGUCUUCGGGGCACUUGUAUCUUGUUAUCCUUCGCCCGGGUUGGCGGCGACUCCUCGUGUGAACGCGACGUGGAUGCAUGCAAAGGACCUAGUGUCGUCAACUGUUGUCAGAACAGUGAUCAGCAGUGUGGCCAACAACUCUUAUACCGAACUUUAGGACGGAGAGUGUUCGUUGGCACAUUUGUUUUUUUUUGCCGUCAUCGCAGACGCACUGCCCCUCAGCUACUUUUUCGACUCCCCGUGAAAAGUUUCAGGGGACCACGCAAUACAAGAGUGUUUCGUGCAUGUGUGAAUGUAGUAAACGUAUGGAACGAUACCACUGGCGGUUCACGCAAACUGGUCAACUUGCGAAAGCGUCCCACCAUAUGCACACUGCUCCAAGUGUGACGAAGCACGCGAGUGGAAGUUGUGGUAUGCGCUUAAACAAAGAAAAAGUAUAGUGACAGAAAUAUUGCGCGUUUUAUUUUCCGCGCUACCGGCAAUAUAAUGCGUGUGCUGCGACACCUGUCAAGUAGCAACGAAUGACAGAUCCUUUGAAGGAACGCAUUCACAUAGUCAACAGCUCUUCAUGGUGAGUCGCGCAUAAUUGAAACUCCUGCAGUGUGAGAGUGUGCCAGAGCAUUUCUUUGCCGGUCAUGAGGUUGACCCUGCAACACUCAAACUCCAACUCUUGAGACGAACGGCUCUUUUAACAUAAUAUUUUUGGCACGAGUUGAAAGCUAGUGUACUUAUUUCAAUACUGUUCGAAAUCCUUGAAUGUGGGUGUGGAAAGAUAGAGGUAAAAGCAGUCUGUUUUGCGCGCAUUAGGAAUUCACAGCCUAUCUUCUACCAUUGGCUGUUCCUCAAGUGGCUGUUUGAGUGGCAAAGUACGAAUUUUAUCGCAAACAAAAAGCGUGGUGGUCUCAAAUACGUGAAUACGUCAUGUUGCCCUGUAUGUGCCAUUGCUAUAAAGUUUGCCAUGUACAAGAUGGAUAGCCUGGCAAAUGCUUGGAAGAAUUUACGCCUACCACAAUAGUUUCGACUUUACGAAAGUGCGCAUUAGUAUAACACACCACAUUUCAGCGAAAGAAGUAAUGCUGAAAAUGAUAUCGAAGCAUCAGUUUUCCGUUUCACCAGUUGACGUUACUAUGCUGCGUGGUGAAGGCAAACAAAAUACCGAGAACUUUGUAACAGUGUUACGAUGUGAAAAACACGUUCUCGUUACUUUCAAUUUUAAGGUAGUGCGUUAUUUUGCUGUUGAGUUGGAUACUGGUAUGUUGUUUCUUUACUAAAAAAAUAGUAGCUGAUUGGUAUUGCGCGAAGCCGCACGUCGGUUCAAUAAAAUUGAUGAUAUAUCUUGUCA